CCUUUCUUCCCCACCCUCAUCAAGACCACCACCACCCCUCUCUCAAAUUCAAGUUUCGAAUCGUUCAGAUGGCUCGUACCAAGCAAACCGCUAGAAAGUCGACUGGAGGAAAGGCUCCUCGUAAACAACUUGCCACGAAGGCUGCUAGGAAGACUGCUGCGACCGCCACAGGUGGUGUAAAGAAGCCUCACAGAUUCCGUCCUGGAACUGUCGCUCUCCGUGAAAUCAGGCGUUACCAGAAAUCUACUGAGCUCCUCAUCAGGAAGCUACCUUUCCAGCGUCUAGUUCGUGAAAUUGCUCAGGACUUUAAGACCGACCUUCGUUUCCAGUCCUCUGCUGUUAUGGCUCUUCAGGAAGCUGCUGAGGCUUACCUUGUCUCUCUCUUCGAAGACACUAACUUGGCUGCUAUCCAUGCUAAGCGUGUUACUAUUCAACCCAAAGACCUUGCUCUCGCCAGGCGUCUCCGUGGCGAGCGCACUUAAAUGUUCUGCUCGUCUGUUGAUCACACCAUCUGCCGCCGUAGAUUGGAUUUCUGUUGGCCUACUAUAUACGUUCAAUCGGAUUUUUCUCUGUCUUGUCCUGUCUUGUCCACGUAUCCUAUACACUGCCGAUUAUUCGUCUCUCCCUUUCCUCCGACCACUCGUGCGGUUUCCUUUCCUCUACCCGUGUGUUGGUAAUCGACUUGACUUGAUUUUUCCCCUAUCACCGUGUACCUAUUUUUUACUUUUUCUUGUUAUUCUGUAUGACCAUGAUUGUGAUUUAUUGAACACAUGAAUACAUGCAACCCAGUGGGUGCAGCAUCG